GCAGAAGGCCAAGGAUUUGUCUGCCUGCGCUAUUGUUACUGCAGAGCAUUUUACAUUCUCUAGCACUGUCACUCUCUACGUCUUCUGACUACAGGUUAGUGAAGAUCGACUCUCGACGCGAUCGCUCCCAUUGACUCAAACCGAUUUGACACUGCCGCCAUGUCGGGACCAACUUUUCAGGCCAAAUUGCUCGAUGAUUCCAUCCCCUUCCUCCACAAGCCGUGCGACACUUGCUCUUGCGACCAGCGCGACGAACAUCUAGACGGAGAUUUCAAAACUCCGUCAAAGUGUGACGGAAGAUCGUCGAACGGAUUGAUGAUUUCCGACGCAAUCCGUUCCUGGGAAGGGGCCGCCGUCCACGACGCCUGGUUGCGAGUCAGCGGCGACUCCGUGCGACAGGGAUGCGACGUCGGACGACAGGGGUGCGACGGCGUCGCAGAAGCACCCAAUCGCUCGCCGACAAGUCCUCUAGAAGCUUCCAAGUCAGCGAAUUGUGCGAUGCUGGCGAACGAUCUGGGAUCCUUCGCCAGAAAAGAGUCGUCCGUGACGGUGACGACGCCGCCGCUGUGUCCACAUGGCCGCUUGGCAUGGACGCCGCCCGCCGCAACACCCGCCGCAACACCCGCCGCGACAUCCGGCGCCGUCAAGGCCGUCGCUGUCUCACCGCCGCCCAGCAGCGCCCACUCCGCAACACCCACUUCUGGCGCAAGCUACGGCAGCAUCGGAGCGCGCAGUUUUGGUGCUGACGUGGAUGUCAGUCGGAAACGAAGCAGCCGGAUUAACUCCAGGAGUUGCGACAACAGCAGCAGCAGCAUUUUCGGGAGCUCCAGCGGUCCCGUUAUUGUCAGCCCCGUUGGAAGUACAGCGGAAUGGACGGCGGUGAUUCCAUCUGUCGCUGUCGCAGGAGGCGAGCAAUCAAGGCCGUCGGUCUCUUACCACGACUGUGAUGGGGCGAAUUACCCUGGCGAGGCUAAGUGCGCACUGAACAAGACCCUAACCCUAACCUCGGGCGGAGGCUCGGCGCCACUGCCGAAGCUGAGUGAGCAGCCUCGGUGGCAGUUGGAGCGACGAGCAUCUGAAUCAGCAGCAAUGCCGGCGCGAGCAGGGGCAACCAGGGGCGGAGGAAACGCGGGCGGAGCGGCAGUGAGACAGUCGGUGUUUGAAUGGGCGACAGAGACACGGAUUAAGCUGCGGCAGCAGCGGCUGAGGAAGCGAGCCGGGGAGCUGAAUAUGGGAGGAGCUGCUAUGUUGGAAGCAAGCAGUCCAGGUAGCAAAGAGGUGUUAUGGGCGACAGAGACAAGAAUAAAGCUGCGGCAGCAGCGGCAGAGGGAGAGAGCCGCAGAGCAGCAAUUGGGAGGAGCUGUUGUGGUGGAAGCAAGCAGUCAGGGCAGCAAGGAGGAGCAAGGGUUGAAAAGUGCAGCAGAGAGAGAGAUUGAUUGGUUCGUAUGUGGACCAACUGAAGGCACGUGAGCGCACUAGUUUCUAUCCACCCUCGCCCUCUGUGGCUUAAUAAGGAUGAUUGGGGUAGGUGGCACCGGCGGUACAUGCAUGUGAUGCCUCUGAUUGAUUGUCAUGCCUCUCUAUGCCUCUACGCUUGUGAUCCCUUGUAACUAGCAGUAACAGAAACACGUUUAAAUGCCCCUCCCCUC